GCGCCCGCCAUGCCCGUCGCGCCCGCCGCCCCGCUGCUCCAGCUGCUGCUCCUGCUAGGGCCGUGGUCCCAGGCUGCGGGCGUCGUGGAGCCGCCGCUGCCCGCCGUGGUCCUUACCAUCCUGGCCCGCAAUGCCGAACACUCACUGCCCCACUACCUGGGCGCUCUGGAGCGGCUGGACUACCCCCGGGCCAGGCUGGCCCUCUGGUGUGCCACGGACCACAACACGGACAACAGCACGCAGAUGCUGCAGGAGUGGCUGGCCGCUGUGGGGGACGACUAUGCCGCUGUGGUCUGGAGGCCCGAGGGGGACCCCAGGUCCUACCCAGACGAAGAGGGUCCCAAGCACUGGACCAAAGAAAGGCACCAGUUUCUGAUGGAAUUGAAACAGGAAGCCCUGACCUUUGCCAGGGACUGGGGGGCUGACUACAUCCUGUUUGCAGAUACAGACAACAUUCUGACCAACAACCAGACGCUGAGGCUUCUGAUAGAGCAGGGGCUGCCCGUCGUGGCCCCGAUGCUGGACUCCCAGACCUACUACUCCAAUUUCUGGUGCGGAAUCACGCCCCAGGGCUAUUACCGUCGCACGGCUGACUACUUCCCCACCAAGAACCGCCAGCGCCGGGGCUGCUUCCGGGUCCCUAUGGUCCAUUCUACCUUCCUGGUGUCCUUGCGGGCUGAGGGGACAGCCCGGCUCGCCUUCUACCCUCCUCAUCCCAACUACACCUGGCCCUUCGACGAUAUCAUUGUCUUCGCCUAUGCCUGCCAGGCCGCUGGGGUCACGGUCCACGUGUGCAAUGAGCACCGUUACGGGUACAUGAACGUGCCCGUGAAAUCCCACCAGGGGCUGGAGGACGAGAAGGUCAACUUCAUCCACCUAAUCCUGGAAGCGCUGGUGGACGGGCCCCCCAUGCGGGCCUCAGGGCACGUGUCCCGGCCCCCAAAGAGACCCAGCAAGAUGGGGUUUGAUGAGGUGUUUGUCAUCAGCCUGGCCCGCCGGCCCGACCGCCGAGAGCGCAUGCUAAGCUCGCUCUGGGAGAUGGAGAUUUCUGGGCGGGUGGUGGAAGCUGUGGACGGCCGGACACUCAACAGCAGUAUCAUGAGGAACCUCGGCGUGGACCUGCUGCCCGGCUACCAGGACCCCUACUCGGGCCGCACCCUGACCAAGGGCGAGGUGGGCUGCUUCCUCAGCCACUACUCCAUCUGGGAGGAGGUGGUGGCCAGGGGUCUGGCCCAGGUCCUGGUGUUUGAGGACGACGUGCGUUUUGAGAGCAACUUCCGGGGGCGACUGGAGCAGCUGAUGGAGGAGUUGGAGGCCGAGAAGCUGCAGUGGGACCUAAUCUACCUGGGUCGGAAGCAGGUGAACCCCGAGGAGGAGGCCGCUGUGGAGAGGCUGCCGCAUCUGGUGGUGGCGGGGUACUCCUACUGGACCCUGGCCUAUGUCUUGAGCCUGGCGGGAGCUCGCAAGCUGCUGGCCUCCCAGCCCCUGCGCCGAAUGCUGCCUGUGGACGAGUUCCUGCCCAUCAUGUUUGACCGGCACCCCAACGAGCAGUACAAGGCGCACUUCUGGCCGCGGGACCUGCGCGCCUUCUCUGCCCGGCCGUUGCUUGCUGCCCCCACGCACUACGCAGGCGACGCCGAGUGGCUCAGCGACACGGAGACAUCCUCGCCCUGGGACGAUGACAGCGGCCGCAUCAUCAGCUGGAGUGGCUCUCACAAGACCCUGCGUGACCCCCGCCUGGACCUGGCUGGCAGCAGUGGGCACAGCCUCCCCACGCCACCCCACCCCCGGGAUGAGCUCUAGGGCCAGGCAGUGACUCCAGAGGACCACCCAGGAGCAGGCUGCUGCUGGCCAGGGAGCAGAGUUGGAAAUAGCUUCAGGAGUCGCCACCAGGAGCCGCAGAC